AAAAAAUAUUAUGGAUCCUAACUAAUUUGUAUGUUAUUUUUUCACUAUAUGAUAGGGUAUUGAAAUGGCUAAGAAAUUCCAGCAGUUUUUUGCUCAUAUGAAUAAGUUUUGUUAAGAUUUUUUGAAAGAUUAGAAUGUGACAGAGAUUCAAACAGUAACAGAGAAGAAGAAGGAACGAGACCCUAAUGCACCUAAAAAACCUUUGACAGCUUUCUUUUUAUUUAAUUAGAAAUACAGAGAGAAAGUGAUUGAACGCAAUCCAGGUAUAAUUGGUUAAAAAAAUAUAUUUAUAGAGAUUAAGCUUACACAAAUAUCUUAAAUGGCGGGAAGUAAAUGGUAAUCGAUGACAGAAUAAGAAAAGAAAGUAAUAAUUUAACUAUGAUUUUAUUAUAGCCCUAUCUUGACCAAUACAAUGCAGCAAAGGAAAAAUAUGAAUUAGAGUUGAAAGAUUAUAAUGAUAGAAACGGAAUUGAAACAAAUGAUAAGAAGCGAAAGAAAUCAGAGAAAGUAUAAUAAUUCUAAAUAUAUAUAGCUUGAUGAUAAAUCUAUGAAAUCAGCAUAAGAUAACCAUAUUGAUGAUUUUGAUUCAGAAUCUGUUCAACCAGCUGCAAAACAUUAAUAAUAAAUAAAACAAUAACAGCAAAAAUAAAGCAAUAAUGAAGAUUAGGUGAAAUAGUAGUAAGGAAAAUAGACAAAGUAAUAACCAUAACAAAAAUAAAUACCAGUUUAGACUAAAAAGGCUAGACAUGUAGAAAUAGAUGAUGAUAUUUAAAAAGAUAUCGAUUAAGCUAUGAGUAAUCCAAAAUAGACACAAAAAAAAUCAAAGAAAUGAAAAGAAUAAAAAACAAC